AUGGAGUCAGCGGUGGGUGAAAAUGUUCCUUCCCUAAGGGUAGCAUACAUUCAGGGAGAUGACAGCCUGUCUGUGAUAACCUGUGAAUCAGAUACAGAAAUGAAGUUAAAGAAGAAAAUUUUUCACAAGCCUCCAAAGUCACCAAAGUCUCCAUACAGCUCUAGCACACAACUAUAUCCUAAGAAAGCUGCAGUUCGGCAGUCUCUGCAGGGAACAGACAGUGCACGUCUCAAGAAUACAGCUAUAAAAAACCCAAGGCAGAUGUGGCUGGGAUCACUGAAGCAAGGAAUGAACCAUCCUCUGAAAUCAGAUGGUGUCAUGGGGUAUACACGAACUAACAUUUCUAGUAGCACUCCAGAAUAUCUGAAGGAAGCUCUAGGAAUGAAGAAGCCAAAACAUUCUCGUUCUUCUAGUAACGGCUACAUUCCUGGAACUCCUGACUACAAAGAAAAAGAAGAUAUGUAUGAUGAAAUUAUAGAACUGAAAAAGACAAUACAAGCUCAGAAAAAUGAGGGAGAUAAAAUGAAAACUAAGCUUCGUCGACUAGAAGAAGAGAACAAUAGAAAGGACAAACAGAUUGAACAACUGUUGGAUCCUUUCAGGGGCUCUGAGCUGGCACGAGCUUUGUCAGAGAAGAAGACUGAUAAUGGAUGGGUGGUCAGUGAAUUUAAGCAGAAGAUUCUCAAGCUGGAACAACAGUGCAAGGAGAAAGACAACACUAUUAGCAAAUUCCAGGCAGACAUGAAGAAUUCUACUUUGGAAGAAAUGAGGAUGGCAAUGGAAACCUACUACGAAGAGGUUCAUCGUCUCCAACUCCUCCUGGCAAAAUCUGAGACUAUGAGGAAAAAUACAGAGGGCAGAGAUACCCAAAAACGACUAAAGGCACUGAAUGCUGCUGUCCUGCGGUUAUCCAGGAACGUCAAGGAACUGCAGAGUGAGAAUCGGAGGCUGAAAGAAGAUCUAGAUCAUGUGCUGAGCAGUUCUCCUUCCAGUAAAACAAAAAAUUAUAGUGAAUGGAGCAAGCAGAGGCUAGUGAGACGGAUUUCAGAACUAGAAAAAAAAGUCUGCGCCAUGGAGAACACCAGGGUGUCGUCAGCAGAGAGCGAGUCAUCGCAGUUACUUGCUGUGUCGUCUUCACCUUCUGUAGACCUGGGUGAUCCAGUCUCUCAACAGGUAGACCAUGUUGAGGAAUGUCGUCGCCUCCAACGGGUAGUGAAGAAACUGAAGAGUGACAGGAAGGCACUUCAAAAUCUCUUACUCAAUAGAGAAUUAGAUGUCCAGCAGUUACUCCAGGCUAAGACUGAAGUGGAGCUGGAGCUGCAGAAGUGUCAGAAUAAGAUGGAAGAAAAGAGUACAGAAGACCAGAUUUUAAGUGAGGAAAUCCAGAACCUGGCACAGAAAGUAGGGAAAUUGGAGUCAAAAUUGGAGGAAGAGAAGACACAAAUGGCAGAAGAUACAACAGAAAAGCUCAGUAAGCCUUCACCAGUCUGCGUGGUUGAAGGUAAAGAAGAUCACAGGAAGGAACAAGCAGCCAAAAUCAUCCAGAGACAGUGGAAGAUGUACCGAAACAAGAAAGAAGAAAUUGCACUGGAUGAGGCAGUCGUUGUGCUUCAGGCAGCUUUCAGAGGGCAUUUAGCGCAACAGGAGCUGUUACUGAAUAACAGGCUGCCUGCUGCAAAAUCUCCCGACAAGAACUCCUGCAUGUCUUCCAUGUCAAAGUCCUUGAGCUUGGUUUCUGAUUGUGGGGAGAGAGAUGAGAUCGUGAUGUUCAUCCAGUCCAUUUUCAGGGCUCACUUGGCCCGUACAAUACUGCUUGAGGAGAGUGUGUCUUUUUGCAGGCCCUCUGUGUCCAGUGCACCCAGUGAGAAAGCAGAUUCUCCUUCUGCAGUUCAUGUUGCAGAGAAGAAACCGGUCGCAGCAGCACCCCAAAGACCUCCUUCAACCAUGUCCUCUCUUCCUGCCAGAUCCUCUGAGAAGCAAUCACAGCCUCCUCUCCCUCUGUCUGUGGAUGAAGCUCACUCAGACGAUUCAGAUGAUAUUGUCAUUAUUUCUCCAUUGCUGCAGACAAAGAAAAACUGCACCCACUUCUAA